AUGACAGAUGAUCUGGAGCCAUGUGUUUCAGUGACCAUUGAUCCGAACAACAAUAAACUUAAUUUAGACGGUCUGGAACGUAUCUGUACAAUCGGUAAGGGAUCGUUUGGUCGGGUUUAUCUGGUACGUCAUCUGGCUUCAGAACAGUAUUUUGCAUUAAAAAAAUUGUCAAUAUCAAAGGUUGUGUCAACUCGACAAACUGAGCAUGUGCACUCGGAGAAGAAGUUACUCUGUCGUUUAUCGCAUCCGUUUAUCGUCAAAAUGUACUGUACAGCGUCAGAUCAAAGCAGCCUAUAUAUGCUGUUUGAAUAUUUGUCUGGCGGUGAACUGUUCUCAUACUUAAGAGCAUCAAAAAAUUUUUCUGUUCAUAUGAGCCGUUUUUAUGCAGCAGAAAUUAUCUCAGCACUGCAAUAUCUUCAUGCCAAAUGCAUUGUGUACCGAGAUCUGAAACUUGAAAACUUGAUGCUCAGCAAAGAUGGUCAUGUAAAAAUUACAGACUUUGGAUUCGCGAAAGAAGUCACUGACAGGACGUGGACAAUGUGCGGGACACCAGAAUACCUGGCACCGGAAAUUAUCACACAUGAAGGCCAUGGAAAAGCUGUUGAUUGGUGGUCUCUGGGUAUCCUGAUAUAUGAAAUGAUAGUCGGAAAUCCACCGUUUGAAGGACGGGUGCUCAGUGAAGUUUUUGCCAAAAUACUGGAUGGAAAGAUAAGGUUCCCGAGGUCGUUUGAUACAAAUGCAAAAGACCUUGUGAAAAAACUGCUGCAGAGGGAUCAGUUCAAAAGGCUAGGUAACCUUAAGAAUGGUGCAGCAGACGUUAUGAAUCACAAAUGGUUUGCUGAUAUUCGUUGGGACGAUGUUGCCGCUUCAAAACUUAUGCCACCCGUUAUACCAACGAUAUAUUCAAGCGGCGAUACGGGUAACUUUGACUCCUAUGACGAAGACAGUGACGUUGAAACGGUAAGGCUAUUGCAUUUUUCUAUCUAA